GUGACAGUACACUAUCAGCAGGAGAACGGGGCAGUGAUCCCUAUGAGGGUCCACACCGUGGUCAUCUCUGUUCAACACGAUGACUUCAUCGGCCUGGAGGAACAGAAGACGGUGCUCAAGGAGAAGGUACGUACUAGGUGCUACGACUAGGAAGUUAAUUGAAAUUCCAAUUCAAGGAUAUUUUCUAUACUUGGCCAAAGUAUCUGUAUGUGUGGCUCUGGUAGUGGAUGCAAUGUAAAGUACUUUAAUGCAUAUUGAAAGGCUCCAUAAAAAUGAUCUAGAUCAUUCCCUCCUAUCAGGUGAUCAAGGCAGUAGUUCCAGCUAAGUACCUGGAUGAUAAGACCAUCUACCAUCUGCAGCCCAGUGGACGCUUCGUCAUCGGAGGACCCCAGGUGAAUGUCAUAACCGAAAUGGGUGCAAUCACGCAUGUAAACAGACACAAGUUCACUUAUAAUAUAAUAAUAACAUGCCAUUUAGCAGACCCUUUUAUCCAAAGCGACUUACAGUCAUGCGUGCAUAUGUAUAUAUUUUUUGUGUGUAUGGGUGGUCCCGGGGAUCGAACCCACUACCUUGGCGUUACAAGCGCCGUGCUCUACCAGCUGAGCUACAGAGGACCACACUUACCUCACCUGCAUACACACACACAGCUCAUUCUUUAAAGACCAAAGGAUGUUAUGCAAGAUCAAACCUCAAAACAAACAUUACAUUUAAAUUUUCGUCAUUUAGCAGACGCGCUUAUCCAGAGCGACUUACAAAUUGGAUAAACAUAAUAUAAACUCCUGCUAUCUUCUUCCUCCGCCAGGGUGAUGCUGGAGUGACGGGUAGGAAGAUCAUCGUUGAUACGUACGGAGGCUGGGGGGCCCACGGUGGUGGAGCUUUCUCUGGUAAAGACUUCUCCAAGGUGGACCGCUCGGCUGCCUAUGCUGCCCGCUGGGUGGCCAAGUCCCUGGUCAUGGCCAAACUGUGCAGGAGGGUGCUGGUUCAGGUGAGGUCUUAUCAUGGUUCUCCUGGUUUUCCUAGUUCUCCUCCUCAAUAAAAUAGCAACCAAAUACAUCAGUUCUCCUGACAGAGCUGACAUCAGCUUAUGACUUUUGACUUUAUGUUCUCAUGAUUGUCACUACCGUUGUAGGUUUUAUCAGUGGUUGUCUCAAAAUGUUGACAUGAGCAUUGAGGGCAUUCUGUCUGUGUGACUGUAGGUAUCCUACGCCAUCGGAGUGGCCCACCCUCUGUCCAUCUCCGUGUUCACCUACGGCUCGUCACAGAAGUCUGAGAGAGAGCUGCUGCAUAUCGUCAACAAGAACUUUGACCUACGACCUGGUGUCAUCGUCAGGUAAACACCUCACCUCUGCAGUCACACCAUCUUGACGUCAUCAAAGGAAAACUGUUGUUUGUAACACAUAGAUAAUCUCACACAACAAUGACUUAACCAUAGAGGUCUAUAUCAGGUUUAAGGUCAAUUUUUGUUCGUAUUAUCAAUUAAAGAACCCGUCUCGAGAGCUGCAAACCCCUCUAAAGUUUCAGGUCACUCAGUUCAUGUAAGUCAUGCUUAUCAUGUCAUUGAGAGAUUUGUGUGGACAUUUACGUUACAGAAGAGGUGGUAGUGUACAUUUGUGUAUCAAAUGCUGUUACAGGUGUGUUUUAUCUCUCUCUCCACAGGGAACUGAACCUGAAGAGGCCAAUCUACCAGAACACAGCGUGCUACGGCCACUUUGGCCGGAGUGAGUUCACCUGGGAA